AUGGAUGCUAUGCUAGGAUUUUCAAGGACUAAAAGGGAAUUUUACACAGCAAUUCGGAAAGAAGUUGAAUUUUCAGAUUUGGCCAAAGCUUUAGGAGUGUCUGCUACGGAUUUGGAAUCUAAUUACAAGACUGAUGGUGAUGUACAUGGGAUUAAGAGAUCCUACUUAGAAUCUCAAGCUUUGUGUUAUGCUCAAAAGAAACAAUGGGACAUUUGCGGACAUUUUCUCGCUCUCUUAAUUUUUGGUGUUGUUUUAUUACCAAAAAACGUUGAUUAUGUUGAUCCUGCUGCGAUUCAUGCUUUUACAUCCUUUAGGAUUUUUUAUAAGGAUCCAACUCCCACCAUUCUUGCUAACAUUUACUAUGCCAUCAAUGCUCGAUGUGAAAGGAAAAAGGGGAUGUUAUUUUGUUGCAUUCAUUUAUUGUACUCUUGGUUGACUUCUCACCUUUACAAAGCAAGUUAUUUGAUCAAAAACUUGACUAGACAUGAGUGGUCUAAAAAACUAAGGGCUCUCAAAGCAGAUUCUAUCUUCUGGUAUGCAAGGAAGUUGAACACCGAAAGGAUCAUAUACAAGUGUGGAGAAAUCAACAAUGUGCCUCUAAUGGGAACUUUAGGUUGUAUUAAUUAUAAACCAGUGUUAGCAUUGCGCCAAUUGGGCCAUUCUCUGGAUGGUGAGCCUUCCAAACAACAAGUGGAUGAGUUAAUUUUGCAUGACAACAGAAAGGGUGAUCCUAGAACAUUAAAGAAAGUAAUCCAAGCUUGGAAACAUGUUCAAACAACGAACUUUGGGCCGAAGAAUGUCAUAGCUAAGGAGCCUUACACUAAAUGGGUUCAAGAAAGGGAGAAGGCUAAGGAAACUCAGGAUCGGUUUGAGGAUAUACUGGAUGAUGGCAACCCGUUGUUGGGAUAA